ACACACACACACACACACACACACACACACACACACACGGGCAACGAAUGACGUAGGGCUCAUGCUGCGAACACACCGUCAGGUCCUUAUGGGCGUCUGGUUAAACAGAAUACAUUUUCACUUCAAAGUUGUUUUAACUGUGUUUACUACGAGAAAUAUGCCCUUCACGGCACUAGUUUGGUAUUUGACAAGCAAUACAUAUUCAUCCGCUUCUACAUGAGUGUCAAGAGCACAUCAGUACCCGGAUGGACUGUCAUGGCCGCCGUCGCUGUGGAUCCAUAGAGAGGAGACGAGGAAGGGAAAUGUUUCUGCUGUGUGUUUUUUCAACCUAUACCUUCUUUUCAUAAUGUCGGACGUUGACGGGACGCCGCCUGAACUUCCAUCGAGUUCAUAGCGCAGUGGCCACACUACAAACCCCUCUUCUUCAGACACAACAUGCAUUAAUGUUUGAGUUUGUCCUCAAGAAGUACAGAUAUCUGUAGAUUUACAACUAUGGAAGAAGACCUCACAAUACCUCACGAUUCUGCCAAAAACUGCAACAUUUCAGUAAUAGGGGAUGAAAAAGAAAAGGUAAAAGACUUUGUUUAUAAGCAUUUCAGAGAAGUGGCAGAUGGGUCACUCUUCAAUAAUGCAGAAGAAUCUUCCAUUAAGGAACAUGGGAGUUCUGCCAAGAAAGAGAAACAAACACUCAAUAAAGCCCAUUGUAAAAAUCAGCAGGGGGCUGUUUUCUCUGGAAAGAUUCUGAGUUUUGGAUGCUCAGUGUGUAAAGAUGAUUCCACAUAUAGCCCCAAUGAUCUCCUUAAACAUUUUCGAGCAGCCCAUAAAGGAACCCUUCCUACAUACCCAUGUGACCUGUGCGGUUUUGUCACAAAUGAGUUCCCUGCUCUUCAACGUCAUCGGAUUGAGCACAGGAAUACCCUGGUUACCUGUGAGCUAUGCGACAAUGAUGUUCAGUACUCUCUGCUUUUGCUUACCAGACACUACAUCAUGUGUCACAGUCUAAACGGGCAGUUUAACUGUGACUGGUGUGACUUUACAACUGUGGAUGCAGGUACAUUCGUCCAACACAUCCAUCAUCAUAAUGAGAGUCCAUGGAAGUGUUCAAAAUGCAGACAUAUCAGCUCAAACGAAGAGGAUCACCAGAAGCAUAUGAAAGCUCACUCGGGUACUUUCCCCUUCACUUGUCAGUUUUGUGGAUAUGGUGCAGCAAGAAGCGAGUAUCUUAAAAAGCACAUGGCAGCUGUUCACAAAGAGGAGGCUGAGAGAAGGAAUGUAUGGAAGAGUAUAGAGGACAGUGGGAAUUCAGCAUCUGCAACUUUAAAACUUUUCAUGAAAAAGAGUACUGAAGCACAGGAGGCUCAGAGGAUAUCGAAACUGAACUGUCUUUCUGGGAGUUUACCAAACCAAAAUGGCAGGCUAAUCAAACCAGAGAAAUCCCUUGAGGAGACCCACCACUUUGUGGAUGGGACUGUAGCAAAAAAGGACAACAAAAAUUGGAGCAAAGGUUCUCAUAAUACAGAGCAGUCAAUGCCAGUAAUGUUACAGGAAUGUGACAACUCUGCAAGUUCUGAUGCCGCAAGUCACACCAGUCCUAAUGGACUGACUGUUCUGAUGGUUAAGAACAAAAUCUCUCUUCCCCCCAACUGUACAACCAAAGUAAUGGGAUUCAAGAUGGUUGAUGGCAAAAAACAUUUAGUUCUCAAAGUAAUACCAACAGCAAAGCAAGAUUCAUCCACUCAGAACCAUUCCUUGGUUGAAGAUGUGGGCUCCUCAGCACCAAAUCCUGUGCAGUAUAAAAGCAAAAUCUCUAAUGAGAAUGGGGAGUUCUCUGACAGCAAGAAUUCAACAUCGCAUUGCUUUGCUCUUUCACCAAGAACUGGAUCUUGCAUACAGAUGGAACAAGAUGAUAUUAUGGCAGUAAAAGUAAAGAUUGAGGAGGAAGAAACUUCUGUUUGCAACCUUGAUUCCACCCCACCUAGAAAUGAUGUUGGGGAGCAAACUAAUCCUUUACUAAUUGGGUCUUCAACUUGUGCAGAUACGUUAUAUCCUGUGACAAAUGACUUUGAUCAUGUGGGCGACCAAAGUCACCAAAGUCAAACAACCUGCUCACAAAGAAGUAAGUUUGAUAAUAAUUCAGUCUCUGCGACAUUUAACUCUAAUGCAACCUCCCAUAGUGGUUCUCAAAUCAGCAAUACUUCAACAGUGUGUGCUGGUAAGGUCAGUGGUUUAUCUUCACCUUCAAAAGUUGCUCAGGAAACAUUGCUUUCCAGACAAGUCUCCAAAGAAACCAUUGAAAACUGUGGGGCUGCAGAUGAGUUAUUAAUGACUGAUACAGAAGCAGGCAAACUCAUUGACCAACACAGAGGGAACUCUCCCUGUAACACUAAAGAAAACAAUGACCAAUCUUCUCAGAGUACUCCAGAAAAGACUGAUAGGGUUAGACCAGAGACUGAACAGAAAAGCAGCCAGCAUCUUAAACACCUUUCCAUGAAUGCAGUACCAUCAGACUCAUCCACACCCACUUCAGGUAGCUGCAGAGAAAGUGCUGUGGGCUCAGAAAAUUGCACACAAAAUUCACCAAACCAAGGAGUGUUUACUUUUCACAACUACUCUAAGGAAACAUUUGGCACUUCACCUAACACUCCCCAAAACUUUGACAAUAUGUCUGAACAUUCGCUAGACAAAGAAAGUAUUUGUGAAUCAUCACAGUUUAGCUUGACAUUGGCAGAGUCUCCAGAACCAUUCACAGAAAGUGGCAAUGGAGAAGACUCUACUCAAGAAAAGAUAUUGGAUAGUGACAUUGAGGUUGAGGGAUGCAUAGCUAGUGUUGACGAUCCUGCCACUGAAGAUGAAAAUCCUGAUUCAGUGCUCCAAGACUUCAAUAUUAUUAAAAUUGAGGAGGACAGCAUUCCUAUAUCUAACAAACAGUCUGAAACAAAGAGUAGUUCAACUCUCUUGGGCAGUUUUGUGGAGGAACAUUCAGAUGCAAUCAUUACCCAACAACUUAAUAAGGAAAGAGUUGGGUCUUCAAGUGCAAGUAAUGAUUCUUUGAAACAAACAAAAACGACUCUACGAAUUCUUCAGUUGCCAGAGGGCAAGCAGUCAGUACUCUUAAGAACUUCGGAGAAUCGUUUUGCCGUGCCAAUGCAGGUCAAGGCCACUCCAGGUUUCAAACUGAUAACGAAUUCUGCAAAUCCUCAGAUCAAUGUAUCUUAUAUGAAGCCAGGGGCAGAAAGAUCAAGUAACCCUACUGGAGUAACCCUCACUCCAAACAGCAGGAGGAUAGGUGUAUCAGCACCAAAUCCAGGAGCUGAUGAAAAAGGGAAAACACUUCUCUCUGCUGUUCAAUCAGGUGUUAGCACCACCUCAAAUCACUACUUUAUCAACAGCCCAGGAUUUAAGGGUCCUGUACUUCUUUCAAGCACACCACAUAAUACACCUACAGACAAAACGGCAAAGACACAGCAGACUUGCUACUUGGUACAAAGGUCUGUUCCAUUUGUUCAGAGCCCCAGUGCUCCUGGCCUCAGACUGGCAAGUACACAACUCCCACUGAGCUCACGGCCAGUUGUGGCCAUGCCUGUGAGCACUGCAGACAAACCUAACACUCUGCAAUCCGGUCGCCAGGCAUUUUUGCUGCGAUACAUUUCUCCACCCAAAUCACGCUUACUAUUAAACAACCAAGAUGCAAAGACUGGGACUCAGUGUAGCCAAUCCAGUGAAAGUACUGGAAACAAAGUCAUAUUUAAAAUAGUCACUCCUACUGGUAGCCUUCUUACAAGUGGUGCUCCCACCUCAAGCAGUCAACCUUUGUUUUUGGCCACCAGACCUCAGACCCAGUGUUUUCUGGUGUCAUCGAACAAAACAAAUGCAAAUGCCUCCAAUGGAGUGAAGAAAUUGAUCACCAUCCAAAACACUGCACAGAAAGAUGUCAAGGAAUCUUGCAUUUCACCCUCUCAAAUGAAUGUAAAGGUACAGUCAAGUGAAGCAGAGAAACCUAUCCUAGCCCCAAGGCCAAUUCGGCCUCCAAGCCAAAGGAAAAGGCGCAGGAAACCAUUGUUUGACGAGCUCCCAGCAACGAUGCACAAAGCUAGAAGACUGACAAAUAAAAUACUGACUGAGAAAGAGACUACUGUGUUAUGGAAGCCUGUAGCCAAAGAAGUUGAAAGGACACUAAGGCUUGCCCCAUUCAGUUCUCUGCAGCAGGUCAAAUGCCCUCGUAGAUACCAACCUGUAGUGGUGCUCAAUCAUCCAGAUGCUGACAUUCCCGAAGUGGCCAAUAUCAUGAAGGUAGUUAACAGAUACAAAGGUGCUGUUACUAAGGUCUCUCUGUCUCAGAAAACAAUCCAAGCACUCUCUGAGCUUGGUGCUCUAUGGGAGAAUUCCUCGACCAAAGACCAAUCGUCUCCCAGCGAUGAUCCAAGACCCCGGCCAGUACAGAGUUCUGUCCGAGAGCGAUUCCUCCUGAAACUGAAGUUGAGGAAAAAAAGCAAAAAAAAGUAUGAGGUUGUGAAAACUCGAUCAGGUGGUAGACAGGAGCCCGUGGUGUUUGACUGCUGGUUUUGUGGUCGGCUCUUCAACAGCCAAGAAGAUUGGAUUGGUCACGGUCAGCGGCACCUCAUGGAGGCAACUAGAGACUGGAAUAAACUGUUCUAAAAUGUUCCAUCAUCUCGUAUGGGGUGAUAUUCUGUCCUUUUUGAGGUGAAACAAAUCGUUGAAGUUGUAUAUUUUUUAAUGACCUUCCACUAUACGUUUGUUCAAUUUCUGUUCCUGUAAAUACAUAUUCUUAAGUAAAUCAUAGUUUAUCUUUUCAUAGGUGCAUAUUCUGAUAAAUUAUGUACUGCAAGCAUGAUUUAUAUCAUGCAUGCACAGGUCAAAUUGAACUGUGAAAAUGGUACACUGUAAUUAGGAGUUGUGGUAGGAGCACUAGCUUAGAGAAAGGGGACAAUAUCAGCAAAGGUUGUAUGUAGAGUUGGAUUAAAUUACUCAGGUGAUUUCCUAUUAA